AUGAGCCACAGACCCAUCGAGCAAGCACUGGCCGGUCUUCUCCCUGCGUUGGCGGAGGAGCUUCCUCGCGAGCUGCUGCAUCUCGCAUCCUCUCUUCUCACCCAGUCUCGGAGCUGUGGUGCGACUCUGAAGCCUGAGAUGGAGAUUGCUAGGCCCUAUGCUUGUGCUGAAAUUGCCUGCAAGAGGCUAUCGAGGACGUUGAAACUUCCUUCCGCCCUCAGCCGCCCGCCAUGUCCUCCCCGGGUAUACAAAAAGCUCUAUUCAUAUCUCGAGCAGUCACUUUUGAGCUCUUCGGCGAGCUCGAAGCGUCAGUGCGUAGAGUCCCAACCACAGAAACGAACAUCUGCCAGGAUAAAAAACAACAGAGCUACAGCUCCCCCAGCUUUGCCUACUCCCACCGCAACAUCAUCCGCCAUAUCUUCCCCCCCACAGGUUAAAACGUCAAGUAGACAAAAUAAUGCGAUUUCAAAUUUGGCGACAAGCAGCCCUCCAAUCGAGGAUAUGCUUCAGUGGACAAUGGGGACGAUAAGGACAAUAUGCAAGACGCUUCCUUCCCUCAAGUUAGCCGAAAAGAUACCCUCACCCAGCACAUUUGCUUCGGCUCUGCCACCCCACAUAUAUGCAGGCCUUUGUUCCGUGGUAUCAUUAAUAUUAGCUUCGGAUACACGCCUAACGGAAAAGUGGAGGGACCUCGUCUCCCCUGUUUUGUCAUGCAGGGAAAUACGGGACAAUUCUGAUGAACAAAGGAGAACACAGGAGAGAACAACCACCUUGAUUAUUGCCAUUUACUUUAUUGUAUACACGCGUCGGCUUGGCAUGGAAUACGACGGAGAGAAACAGCAGUAUCCCGGCAAACCAAUUGCAGAAAUGAAUGAGACACACCUGGAAGAGACCGUAGGGCGCGCACUGGAUAGUGUCAACUUACCCCGAAUGGUAGAGGGCUAUGAAAAGUUCCCAAUGGAGGUCCAUGAAUGGCUUAUGAUCAUCCUCGAGAUGGGCUGGGCGAUUGAUCAGCAGUGGUUCGAGAAUGUACCCCUGCCAACAGCGCAGGAAAUUGAAGCCCAGCGCCAGAGAAAUAAAAGUAGAAAGAGAGGGCUGGACGAUGAGUCUGACGUGGAAGACGAGGACGAAAUUUUGAGCCCUAAGAGGAAGAUGGUAAAGAGCAGGGGAGAGCACGCAGGGAGAAGACUUCCGACUGCGGAAGACCAAUACACUUACGGCAACACCUUGCUGCCUGGACUAGGCACGAUGAUGCACCCACAGGUUGACUGGCUGAGCGAGGACAAGAGGCACUCCUUUGGAACAUGGAGAGACCGCAUCAUGAUGUGGAUAGAGCAGAUUGAGAUCUAA